AAAAAAAAAAAAAAAAAAAAAAAAAAAAAAAAAAAGAGUAGAAGAAAGGGAAAGGGUAGUAGCGGCAUAUGGUAUUAAGAAUGGAAAAUCCGAAAUCGAGCGUGGAAAGUCAAAACCCCGCGCCCUCUCCCAUUUUCGAAAUGGAAAACCAAAACCAAGACGAAUGGGAGCUCCACGUCGACCACGGCUUCGUCUACAAGCGCAAGCGCCGCCGCAUCGACCCUACUCCGCCGCCGCACCCAGAACCAGAGGCGGCGGCGGAGCAGCGCCGGCGAGAGCGCAAGAAACAAACCCUACUCAAGCUCAAAACCAAGUACGAGAACGAGAUUCUUCAGUGGGAAUCCUUGUCGAACACCUUGCACUCACUGCAACAACAACGCACCACUCUUCAACCACAGCCCAUCCCUGCCACGUCGCUCCCUUCCACUUCCGACUCCACCCAUUCCCUCCUCGACGACCUUCUAUUGCAGGUGGAGGCUCAGGAAGCAAUAAUUCGCGAUGUUUCGAAUUUAUGCGACAUAGCAGAAGCAGUGUGCGUUAAGCGAGAGGAACAGUUUAAACAAACCUUGUUUGAUCUUCCGAUUUGGGCUUCGCCGCACGAUCUCAUGCAAGUGCUGUGUGAUGAUGAUUGAUUCAGCCUACUCGCUUUGCCCAAGGAAUUUUACUAUUAUGUGUAAGUGUAGCUCUGUAGCACAGUGGUGUCGUGUCCUGUCGUGUAGAUUAGAUAUUUGGUAGGUUGGUAAAUAUUUUUAGAUUGAUUGUGUUAUGAAAAGGGUCAAACUUUAGGAUGAAUGACCACCAUAAAUAUGGUGAAUUUAUAAGGAAUUCAGUGGUUUUGUAUAAAAUUCAUUAACUUCUAGAAUCUAAUGCCAUCAUGUGAUUGGAUUU